CGCAGCGGAGGGAAGCUGAGACGGACGAGGACAGCAGGACAAUGGAGGAGAGCCCUCGGCUUCAUGUGAGCCAGGGGUGGGGUGGAAGAGCUGGGCCACAGCCUCACACUGUGAAACUCUCAUUCCUGAGUCUCCCCCCCCCCAACGAGGCCGGGACAGCCUAACCCUCAUGGCAGCGAUGGGCCUUCUGACCCCCACCGAACUGCGCAGUUGGAGCUCCGCUCUCUGCAUCCUCUUCCUGCUGUUCCAAGAGGCCAAAGCGGACAUCCUGGACGCGUCCAGCUCUCUCAAUGGGGGGGGCUCCCAGUGUGGGGAGUACACGAACCAGUUGACGGAGGACGGGAUGUGUCGCCUGGAGGCCACCCUGCCUCAGCUGGACGAGAGGAGAUGCCCUGAUAUGUUCCGCUGCACAGACGAGGUUUCCUACUGGCUCCACGAGAACGAGGAGAGGAAGGAGCAGAUCGUGGCGCUCAAGGAGACCAUCUCCGAGCUGCAGGAGGAUCUGAGGAACCACCGGCAUCGCAUCAAAGUCCUGGAACUUCAGAGUGAAGAGCGCUUCCAUCUGAACAUCUCUCUGGAGCAGCGUCUCCAUGAUUUGGAGGUGCGGUACGCAGAGGCCACCUCCCUGCUGCACCUGCAGGGGACCCUCAUCCUGGACCUGCAGAACCAACUCCACAACCUAACCCUUGUUCUGGAUAAGCUAAGAAGAAACCCCGGAUGCUCCAUCAACAUCGUCCGCCCAAAUCCUCUCCUGAAUACCCAAGAUGCUCUGCACCCAGAGAUCCAGCAUGUGGGAGACUGUCCCACUGACUGUGCCUCCAUCUACUUCAGCGGGGUGAGGAGAUCGGGUCUCUACACUGUGGUUCCAUCUUCGUCGGGCAUGCCUGUGGACGUCUACUGUGACAUGGACACGGAAGGUGGAGGUUGGACGGUGAUCCAGCGCCGAGUUGAUGGCUCGGUGAGCUUUAACCGUAACUGGAGGGAUUACAGGGAUGGAUUUGGUGACCUGCACUCUGAGUUCUGGCUGGGCAACAACCACAUCCAUGAACUGACCGCCCAGGGAGAGUACAGCCUCCGCAUCGACCUGGAGGACUGGAACAUCCAGCACAAAUACGCCCUCUACCAGAGCUUCAGGGUGGAGGAUGAGGAGCACCAGUACCGUCUUCAUGUGUCUGGCUUCAGUGGCACAGUGCAGGACUCCUUCAGCUGGUACCAUGACAAGCAGAGCUUCAGCACACCAGACAGUGGAAACAUCUGCGCUGAGAUCUCACAUGGGGGAUGGUGGUACAACCAGUGCUUCUACACCAACCUAAAUGGAGUCUAUUACAGGGGGGGUCAUUACACUCCAAAGGGCCGGGGCCCGCUUGGUCCUGACGGCAUCGUUUGGUAUUCCUGGAAAGACUCUGAUUAUUACUCUCUGCGCAAAGUCAGUAUGAUGAUUCGACCACGCAGCUUCCAAACACGCCUGUCGCCCUGACGACAGCCGGGGUGCAUCUGUCGCAGCAUCAGGGGUAAAACUGUGCAGCAGCGUGGAGCUUUCUUCUUGCCAUUGACUGGAUAAACUUGGUCCUAUAACUUUUCAAGACAUACACUUUGUAUUAAGACUUUUUUGACGAAAAAAAAUCUUAAUUUUGUACUUACUCUACUUUUUAUAACUUAGUAGAAAUUUCAGGGUUUUUUUUUUUUUUUUGCAGUGGCUGAAUUUUAGUACACUAUAAGGAAAAGGCUCCUCACCUGACAAUCACAUGUUUGUUUAUCACUCCUUGUCAGUUCGGUUUAAAUAUUAUUCACUCAUAAAUUUAACUUGAAGGUAUGAUUGCUAAAGACAGAGCACUUGAAGUUCUCUUUUACAACACUGAAAAUGUGUUUUUUCCCGUUUGUGUUACUUUUUUAGCCAAGUUGUACAUUUUUAAUGGUGUUUUUGAAAUAUUUGUAUUAUAAAUGUAAACAAAUUCAAACUAAUGAGCGAAAAUAAAAAUAAAAACAAUAAAGCAAACAUUUUGGAAUCAAUCAGUGCCUCUUUUAGAUCCAAUAAACUGCUUGAAAUUGUAAAAAUGUAAAACUUGAAAGUUAUUUGGAGGACCCAAGGCUGCAAAAAAAGAUGGAAAAUGGGUUCAAACAAACGUUUAACAUUGAUCCUUAACUUUUGGACACGGUGGCGGUAGUGUCAUGACGUUUAGUAGAUGGACUCCAUUCUUCCAAUCUUGACAACAGGUAGACAACAGAUCAAUAUUUGAACAUAAUAACGCUAUUAAUGUUAUUUUCUCAGAAACACCAGUUAUUUUAGUUUUUAAUGUUGCCAAAACUUUUAUCAUUAAUAUAAAAACCCAUAAAUGUGAAGUGUUUUCUGCCUAAAAAAAUGUUACGAAAUAGACCAAACAGUGAAACCCCAUUUAUUUAUUUAUGCUCGUCAUUAAAAGUCUAAUUUGUCUUAGAAAAGUGUCAGAAAAGGUUUUGUUGUUUUAAGAUUGUAUUCACUUGACAUAAACUUACGGUGCAAU